CGGUCACUUCCUGUCUACUGAGCGCCGCCUUCUUUGGUGCCCUGGGAUCCUCUUUUCUGUACGGGUACAACCUCUCCGUGGUCAACGCUCCAGCAUUGGUGUACGGACACUUUUGAUGGGGACUAUUAGCGGCACAAUACUGCUGUCAUUGGUGGAAGAUCAUCCCAAUAAGAAGUACAUUAAAGAUUUCUACAACCGGACAUGGAUGGAGAGAUACGGCCAUCCUGUCGGAGCAGAAACAUCCACGCUGCUUUGGUCCAUCACCGUCUCCAUAUUUUCUAUCGGCGGCCUUUGUGGAGCGCUCGCCGUCUCCUGGCUCAUAAAAAUACUGGGAAGAAAAGGAACCCUCAUGGUGAACAAUGUCUUCGCCGUGCUGGCUGCACUGCUUCUGUCCCUGGGAGAGCUGGCCCGCUCUUUUGAAAUGCUCAUCAUUGGCCGCUUCAUUAUCGGAGUGGACUCUGGUAUAGCUCUCAGUGUCCUGCCCAUGUACCUUGGAGAGAUCUCCCCGGUCUACAUCCGGGGCUUCAUUGGCCAGUUCAACGCCAUCCUGAUCUGUCUGGGAGUCUUUACUGGUCAGUUGUUGGGCCUACCUGAGCUCUUGGGACAGGAGUCCAGGUGGAAUUACCUCUUCUCCUUCCUGGCGUUGCCUGCAUUGCUGCAACUCUGCGUUCUGCCUUUUCUUCCGGAGAGUCCUCGCUUCUUGCUGAUGGAGAGGAGGGACGAGGCCGGCGCCCAGAGAGCCUUUCAGAGGUUCCUUGGAAAAGAGGAUGUGUCCAUGGAGUUGGAGGAAGUCCAUGCAGAGGCCCGAGCUCAGGAAAGUCUCCACACGGUCUCGCCAUUGCAGCUGUUGAAGAACCGGGCUGUUCGCUGGCAACUCAUCACCGCCAUGGUCACCAUGGCUUGCUACCAGCUGUGCGGCCUCAACGCUGUAAGUCAUACGCUGCCUCUGACUGGCGCCACACCAUUUCUCUUGCAGGACAGUGUGUCAUGGAUGCCAUACCUCAGCUUCGCCUGCAUACUGGCUGUUAUUGCUUCUUUCUGCUCGGGGCCAGGAGGCAUCCCCUUCAUCCUGACGGGGGAACUGUUCGAGCAAGCCUACAGACCUGCUGCCUUCAUGAUCGCAGGAACUGUCAACUGGCUGGCCAACUUCACCGUGGGUCUCUUGUUUCCCUUCAUACAGGAGAAGACACUGUCCAAGUGGAGGCACAUACAUAAGAGCGCCCACAGAAGGGUGCAUCCUGAAGAGACUGUCAGAAAGUGAGUUGAAGAUGGUGUGUAAAACAUCAUCUAUGCAACAUUUUGAGCAGAGAAGCACCAUGACAUGUUAUGUAGACCACACUAAAUAAAUAAUAAUAAUAAUAAUAUGCGUCUUAGACAUGGAAAAAGGUGAUCGGCAGUGCGCCUUAUUAUUUGGUACACCUUAUGGUCUGGAAUGUACGGUGUAUAAAAUGAUCAUAUUCAUACAUUUUUACCUGAUAUCUUUUUUGGGUUUCAAAAACUGUCAUUUUCAUCCAGUGAGAAAAGCCUCCCUGCUCCUUUUCGUGCGGGGAACACAAGGUUGGACUUUGUUGUGAUGUCAGCUUCACCUUUCCUCAAAUGGUUCCUGGCUUUCUUUAUUUUCUUUAUGGUGGAGCCCGCAGAGAAAGCUAAAUAUAGUCUUCAAGUCAGUGGGUCCUGUG